CAGUGCGCCGACGACCAGUUGCGCUUUUCAUGGUCUGUUUUUGUUGUGUGCAUUGUAAUGCGCAUGUGAUUAUUAUGGCUUUUGUUAGGGAGUUUUAUUGCCAGUUUAGGAGAUAAACAUCCGUAAAUUCGUGGCUAUUUUGUCAGCUGGAGAGGUCAUGCGGGCAUGUAUUUCCCAACGUACGACAUCUGAGGACUGACUGCCGAGUGUGGAGAACAGACACAUGUGCCAAGGACGCAUUAUCACUAUAGCAAGGACAGUACGGCGCUAUCCCGACUGUACGUCACGAGCUGAAGUUUCCCAAGGCGUUGUGGGUACGCUUGUCUUCUCCACGGUGAUGCACCCGCUGCCUGCCGGGACGGACUCACCCCCGGAAUCAUGUUGAUGGACCGGUGCCCCCUGACCUCUGGAGGUCAGGAGGUCAUGCCACGCCACUUCCACUUGCCCGUUCUCAUCGCCUUCUGGGUCAUGUACCCGCGGCCGCUGCGCGCCAUGUACAUCCACCGGCAGGAGUACGCCACGAACGCGGACGACGAGGCGCAGUCCAGCCCCGCGGCCGCAGACAUGCGAUCCACGCUGUCCUGGGCGGUCAAGUUCCGGACCGCAUCCCACCGCAAGACCGUCCAACGGACUGACUACGACGAAAUCGCCAACCGCAUCGCCAAAGAGGUGGAUUUACUUAAUCACGGCCAAGUCGGCGAGCUACUCAACCACUACCUGUUUGUGCACGCCAGCUACAACGCGACGCUGAACGGGACCGAUGACCAGACCGAACUGAGGCGGAUUCAGGGGGAGACUGAGACGAAACUGAGGGAACACCCCGAUGUGCAGUGGUUUCACCAGCAGCGGAUCCGGCGACGGACAAAACGGAGCUUGCAGUUCCAAGAUCCUUCCUAUUCCACGCAGUGGCAUUUGCACAACCAUGCAUCUCCAGGUAUGGACAUCAAUGUGACUGAAGUCUGGAAUCAUAACAUCACCGGCACAGGAGUGGUGGUUGCUGUUAUUGAUGAUGGUCUGGAGUGGAGAAACGAAGACAUCUUAGCCAACUACAAUGCAAAAGGCAGCUGGGACCUGAACAACAAUGAUCCGGACCCGAUGCCCGAGGUUCACAAAGACGACGGGAAGUCACUGAAUCGCCACGGGACCCGCUGCGCCGGGGAAAUCGCCGCCGUGGCCAACGACAAGUGCGCCGUGGGGGUAGCCUUCAAUGCUCAGAUAUCUGGUAUUCGUCUCUUGGAUGGACCAAUGACAGACAGUCUAGAGGCCACCGCCUUCAACAAGAACAUGCAUAUUAAUGACAUCUACAGCUGCAGCUGGGGUCCGGAUGAUGACGGCAAGACAGUAGACGGCCCCCACCCCUUGGCACAGGCUGCCUUGAAGCACGGCGUGACGGCCGGACGCAGAGGCCUUGGCAGCAUCUUUGUGGUUGCCAGCGGCAACGGUGGACGCAACGAGGACAACUGUAACUAUGACGGCUAUGCAAACUCCAUGUACACGGUUACCAUAGGUGCUGUGGAUGAGUCUGGUCAGAUGCCUUACUACGCGGAGCAGUGUGCUUCCAUGCUGGCCGUCACGUUCAGCAGUGGCGCUGCUAACAAACGCAACAUUGUAACGACAGACUGGACUUUGGCCAAGGGUACGGGCUGCACGUCCAGCCACACAGGUACCUCAGCCGCUGCACCGUUAGCCGCGGGCAUGAUAGCUCUGAUGCUACAGGCUAAACCCUGCCUGACAUGGAGGGAUAUCCAACACAUCAUCAUCUAUACUGCAGUCAAGAUUGACCAGAAGAACGCGGUCUGGAUCACCAACGCCGGUGGCUUCCACCACUCCCACAAGCACGGCUUCGGUCUGAUGAGCGCCUGGAGGCUGGUCAACGCGGCCAAGGCCUGGCACACGGUGCCCUGGCUGACGUCGGUGGAGGGGCUUGUCAUGACAGAGAACGCCCCCAUCCUGGCAGGGAAGACGCUGAUGGUUACGCAGAAAGUUUCUAACAUCACUGCGGAGAGGAAUGAGCUGCGGAGCCUAGAGCACGUCCUGGUGACGGUCUCCCUGUCCCACGACAAGCGCGGCUUGCUGGAGGUUCAUCUCAUCUGCCCCAGUGGAACCGAGUCGGUCAUCGGCGCCCGACGAAAGAAGGACGAAUCGUCAGAAGGGCUGAAGAGCUGGACCUUCUCCACGGUGAGGUGUUGGGGGGAGAACCCCGUCGGUGAAUGGAAGCUGGUCAUAAUGGAUAACCAUCCCGGUAAUUUCAACAGCGUUGAAGUGCGCAAAGGCCAGCUGCAGUCCUGGAAGCUGACGUUAUAUGGCUCCAACAUGAAUCGGGGGGAAAUAGAAAAGAGGAAAAUUCUGGUCUCGGAAGCCAUGAGUGGUAUCUUCCUAGACGCCAACCUCUCCGAGCCCUGCUCAUAUUACUGGAAUACCGGCUAUGAGGACGAGAGCCUCUUGUCGUCCCGCGUGAUGGAGGUUCUGCUCUACAUGAGCGGCGUGUUCACCCUCAUGGCCAUCUACUACACUCUGGAGCAAGCCUUCUGCAACGGCGAGGACAAGGACAAAGACAAAAAGGAAGGUGGUGGUGGUGACAGUGAGGACCUCGAGAGAGGACCUCGCGGCGAGGAGAGGACGGGCCUCCUAGAGGAGUAUCAGCUGGAUACACUGGGCCGGGCCUGCGUUUAUCAGGGGAGUUACCCGGGACACGGUAGAAACCUCACAGAGAGGCAAUCUGCAGGAGAUGAUGACGAGGUUCUCGGAGGCAGAGGAAAAGCGAACCUCAGAGAUGGAGAUGUGCAUGUCAGAGAUGAAGAGGCGCUUAGGGCUAAUGGCAGCGACGGGAGGCCUAGGCAAAUCCAUCGAGAAAUCGGGGAUGGGGAGAGUGACCAGGGAACGCCUCACGCGUGUAAGAACGAACAGAGAGAAAGGGUGCCUCAAAUGACUUGUUGCUCCUGCGAGGUUCCUCCUGAGGUUCACCCCGCAGUUUCCCAAACUAGAAAUCCCAAUGUGACAUGGAACAACGAGUCCCAGUCCGAGUGUAUACGGACGCACUGUCCCAAAUGCCGGAAAUCCCAAGUGCAAUAUAACGGAGCGCCCUCACGUAACCGCCACUCUUUGCUCGGAAAUUCGAGGGCGAAACCAAACAAGGAGGUGCCUUGCCAGCAUGCCUUUCCCUUUGCCAAACGUAGAGAGGUACAGGCCCAGCCAGUGGCCGGGGAAAGGAGGUCAAGCCCCGCUACGGGGAACGUGUCCCGCGAUUCGCUAUUGGUUGGUUUGAACGGUCGCCAAUCGUCAUUGGUCGGUUCAGACUCCGACAAGCCUUCUUCACCUAAAACCUCAACUUGUGGACGGUUUUCCGAAAGCGGCGCCAGGAACUCCUCAACAAGACGCCCAGGAUCCGAGGCAGUCCAACCCAGUCUAGAAUCUUCCUGCUUAUUGGACGACGCACCCGACCACCCCUUUACCCAGCCAAUCCCGAGUGGCCUUUUAUUAAGCGCAGCCAGCGGAGUCAACAAUCCCGGUUCGAGGAGGAAUUUGAUUGGUCCGCCCGUGUGUAACCGCGGUGACAGUUUACCCCAAAAUGAACAGCAAACACCAGGCACAAGUGGAGAAAAACAAACUUGCCGAGAUUUGACAGCCGUAUUACCGUAGGCCUUACCCAAAAAAAUAUGAAAAAAAGAACACUGGGUUUAUAUCAUUGACCAGUGUACCAAUUCGAGCGAUUCACAAUGCAGUGCGCCACCAAGAGUUUGCCAUGGAAUGUCCAUUUUUCAAGUUUACGGUCGACAAACAUGGUCCAUUUGAACGAGUGUCAG